CCAUAUAAUUAUAUUAAAAGGACUUAACCUAAACCUGAUUUAGCCUUUGGUGUGUGUAGUGUUAAAUUUACCCAACUUGGAGAGCAACAGGACACAUCUGCCUAAAUAAAUCAACUGUCUCUACUACAGGCCUGUAACCUCAGCAUACAAGACACAUCUUAAGUGGGCAAGGACCUGGGUAAUGUCAGAGUUGUGAUACUGAUCAUCAUGCAGCACACUGUCACAUUAGUUUUAUUUUUCAUCCAAUUGUUUAUUAGGUCAUCACUUUCACAGUCAUCUGAUGUACGUAAACCACCAGAUAUCACUAGUCCAGAAGCUCCAAAAGUUUUUUAUUCAACCACAAGCAAAUUCAGUGUGCCAUGUGUGGCUUCAGGGACACCAGUCAUUAAGUAUAGCUGGUUUCAAGUUGGCCGUGACACAGAUAUAACAACAGAUUCCUCUCAGCCAGUCUAUGUUGACAGUGCUACAGGAACUCUUCAAUUAGCUGAUUUCACAGAAAGAGAAGAAGGCACUUUCAUCUGCAAGGCAUCAAAUGAGUUCAAUGAGGGAAAGAUAAAAGCUGUUAGUUUUUCUCCCCCAGUCACAGUGUACCGUUCAAGAGCUGAUGACUUUUCUGAUGAGGAAAAAACUUUAACAGCCACAGCCAAUUCUUAUCAAGUGUUGUUGUGUGAUAAGAAAGGAGAUAUUGUUGGAAGCACAAUUACUUUUAAUUGGUACAUUGGUAGAGAUACUAAAGAAGUGAAUAAAGAUAAUGGCCGCCUUUUCAUUGAUCAUGAGGGCAAUCUUCACUUCACCUAUGUGAAAACGACAGACACAAAUUUAGUAGAAGGCUACAAGUGUGGUGUUUCAAUAGAAGGCCUUUCUUUGAUCCGACUAAGUGCCAACAAGAAAUUUUUAAAAGUCAUUUCUGAACCAAACCCGCAGCAAAUAGCCCCCCAACGUAUGUACAGUAACAGUCCAGUAAAAGUUAAACUCUACCUCUCUGCCAAGCUGGAAUGCAUGUUUUCUGGAUUUGAUCCACAAAGUCAGAAUCUUCCACUCAUCAAGUGGUACUUUGACAAUGGAACUCAGAUUCAGACUACAGCUAAAUUUGGGUUUGCUCAUGAAAAUCGUGUCUUGACAAUAGACAGAGUUGCAGAAGAUGAUGAAAAGGUGUACACGUGUGAAGCAAGCAAUGGUGCUGGUACAUCAAAAAAAGAAGAUGUGUUUUUAAACGUCACUGGUCCACCAAUGUUUGUUGCUGGUGGCUCACCUAGUGAUAUAAUUGUUCCGGAAGGAAAAGAUGCGGUUUUUAACUGUAAUGCAAAAUCAGUUCAGUCAGAACAGCAACCAGGAGAACCCAUUUGGUAUAUCAAUGGCAUACGUAGAGGUUCACAUACAGAUCCAAACAAAUAUGUGGCAUCAGAUGGCUACAGAAAGCUAACAGUAAAAAAUGUGAAGAAAGAUACAGAUAUUCUCUGCUUGCAGUGUUACGUUGAAAACUCUGAAGGAGGGAUCUGGGGGGAUGGAUGUUUAACAGUUAUCUUGCCAAUCAAAGUUAUACAACAGCCAGUGACACCACAAGAAAUAGAGCAUGGAGAUGUUAUUGACCUUGCUGUAACUGCAACAACUGACCCUUCAAUGACCCUCAAACAGAAAUGGGAACACAAUGGUACAGUGUAUGAUAACCUGGAACAGAUACCUUUUGUCAAACAAAGGGCCAUCAACACUAGUGAGCUGUCAGAAGACCAGUUCAAGGAAGUUGGGGGGCUAUACAGAGUCACUUUGUAUCAUUCACAUGACUCAAAAAUAAUAGACAUUAACGUGAUAACCAAGUUUAAACCUGUUGUUACUGUCCCUGUACCAGUAGUUGCUGAGGCUGGAUUUGACAUGUGGAUCAUUGGUUUAAUCAUUGGAAUAAUUUUCCUCAUCAUCGUCAUUAUUAUUAUUAUUUGUGUGGUCUGUAGAAAGAAGCAAGAAGGUGACUACAAUGUUGACAAGAAAGAAACCGGUGCUGGUUUAGACCCAGAAAAAGAGUUGAAAGACAAAGGUUUUAAUGACUACUCCAGACCCCUCCAUGAUGAUUAUGAGUUCCCUGACAAAAAGCCACGGGUGGACUUAGAGUAUGAUGAUGUUCCAAUGGUGGGAGAAGAUGAAAGUCUGGGUUCUUAUGGAGAUGAAGAUGAUACCCAUUUUAAUGAAGAUGGAUCAUUUAUUGGAAUUUAUCAGAAAAAAGAGGGACAACGUCAAAAGACAAAUGAGUCUAAAAUAUGAAGUUUUCAGACAUUAUUAUAGAAAUGUUAUAGGUGAAAUUUUUACAGAAAUCUAAAAUAUUGAAUACUUAUAUAAGUCACUGAUAUCUUAUACUGGUAACAGUUCUAACAUAUCUAAAGGUCAAAUUUUGCUCACUUUUUGAGAAGUUUAAGAAAAAUUAAUUUUCAUUUCUCUUUUUUUUUGGUUUUUAAAUGCUAACAAAAUUUAAAAUUUUAAUACAUUGUGGUUAGAUAAAUCUUGAUUACGAUUUUAUUCUAUUUUUAUAAUUUGUUUUAUUAAACAUUUAUUCUGGCCUAGUUUUGACUGCUAUAAAUAGAACCUUUUGUUUGUAUAGUACCAACAAAAUGUAUUUUUAAUGAUUAUUAUCCUUGUAAGUUUUAAGGCUUUUGUUUUUCAUUCAGCUCUAAUCCUUGGGUCAAUAAUACUAAGACUUGUUCUCAUCUCCCAUAAUAUUUCAUUAGGGAUAAAUGUUGGGCUUGUAAAUAAAGGUGUCUAUUACUUGAGUGUGUUAAUUGUUCAUCCACUUACCUACAAUCGCAGUUCUAUAUUUAAUACAACAUUCCAGUAAAGUUUGUCAUACAUUUUUUAAAGCAUGUAAUCAUUGGGGUUGUUUUUUUGUUUUUUCUAAAAUAUAACUACUUGAUUGAUUCUUCUGUGAAAAUUAGGUAAAAUUGUUUUCUUUUUUAAAAUUUUCUAUUUUAAAAACCAAAAUAAAAAAAUUCUUUUGUAAAAAUUUAAAAAAUCUUUUAUUGUUAGAUAGUACUCAGUAAUGCGAUAAGUAUGGUAAGACAGCUGCACUUUAUAUCCAGACUAGGAACAAGUUCAUUCAUUUAAUUAUAUUGUUAAAACAAUUGAAUAACAAUGUUUUUUUUUACUUGACUAUGCAGCUGAACCUAUUAGUUGCAAUUGUUAUUUUGUCCACAUGAAAGAAAGAUUAUGAUUACAGUAACAGUGAAAUUCAGACUAAAAAAAAUACUUUUUAAAAUUAGUUUUUGAAUUGUGGAUUAAUAAAACAUAAAAGUUUACCUAUAUAUUUAUGAUGUAAUGCACCAGAAACUUAUUUUUUUUAAAAUUGUUGAAUCAUAAUAUAUUGUUAAAACUCCCAAAGAUUAUUCUUUUAAAAAGCCUGCAAAAUCAAUUGCUACAUGACUUUAAAGUAUUCAAAUAUUUUCAUAGUUUAAUUUUAACUUCAGAUGAAUGUGUUUGUUAGAUAGAAAGUAGGUGCAAAAGUUAAGAAUGUUCCAUUAUGUUUUUCUGUACAUUUAUAUAUAUAUAGACAAUUUAUCAUGAAAAUUUAGCUAUUUUGGGAAAAUCUCCCUUAUAUAUGUAUGUCAUUCUAGGUCACUUUACAACCUAGUUGACAGUUCUGGCAAGUCAAGUCUAAUUGUAGGCCCUCCAUGUAUAUAGAGUAUAUUUUAUUUGUUUUUUUUUUUGUCAACUUUUCUACAUACAUGUGUGAAAGGUGUUAGACUGGCUUGCCAUAGGUUGUUUUUAUAAAACGUUUUUUUUUUUCUAAUUUAUAUCCAUGAUUUGUAGUAUGUAGAGAAUAGCAACAAUUUUAUCAGACAUGAAUAUACAUGUACAGCAAACCAAUAUUUUGAUAUAUGAAUGUACCUUGCUUAGUUUUAAUCUUGUACUGUUACUUGCUUUAUCAUAUUAAUCUACCGACUGAAUCCAUUUCUAAUUGAUGUUACUUAAAAUUAAAUUGAUUUGUUAAAAAUUAUACUUAUUUAUCAAGGCACAUUAGCUUUUAUUUGAAAAGCUAGAACAUUAUUUUUUAGUUUAGAAAUAGCAAUUUUUACCAUGUGGCUUUACAUUUCUUAAGUAUGUGAAAUAGCUUAUGAAUUAUUAUCCAUAGACGUCAAUAGAUGUUAAUUUUCUAAAAGUGAAUGACAGAUUUCUCAUUUUCUGCUUCAUUAAUCACCUGAUUUCUGUGUUGUUUUUGUCUACUGGAGGCAACCUUAGCACAUGUUUUGCCAUAUUUUUCUAGCAAUAAAAGCUUUAUACAAAAAUAA